UUUCACCUCCAAGAUGGCGGCGCCGGUAGUGAGGAGGAUCCUCAGGUUGCCAGCGUUUACCCCUGGGUACCGGUCCUGUAGCGGGGAGACCGGCCCCAAGGUUGCUAACAGAGUCUUCUCUGGAAUUCAGCCAACUGGGGUCCCUCACCUGGGAAACUAUCUUGGAGCAAUUGAGAGCUGGGUGAGGCUGCAGGAUGAAUACAGCUCCGUUCUGUACAGUAUUGUGGAUCUGCACUCCAUCACUGUUCCUCAGGAUGCUGGCACACUCAGGCAAAACAUUCUCGACAUGACAGCCAGUCUCUUGGCAUGUGGUAUUAACCCUGAGCAAUCAGUCCUAUUUCAACAAUCCAAGAUCUUGGAACACACUGAAUUAGCUUGGAUUUUGGGUUGUCUGACGAGUAUGCCACGGUUACGUCAUUUACCUCAGUGGAAGAUGAAAACCUCUGGUCAGAAGGAAGAAGGCAGUUUGGGUCUGUUUACCUAUCCAGUCCUGCAGUCUGCAGAUAUUCUGUUAUACAAGUCAACCCAUGUACCUGUUGGAGAGGAUCAGAUACAACACCUGGAACUGGCACAGGAUUUGGCCCGAAUCUUCAAUAACCAAUAUGGCUGUUUUUUCCCGAUACCAAAAGCUAUUCUAAGUGAAGCUAAAAAAAUUAAAUCACUGAGAAACCCUGCCACAAAGAUGUCAAAGUCAGACCCUCAAAAGUUAGCAACUGUGUACAUCACUGAUUCAGCAGAGGACAUAUUACUGAAGUUUCGCAAAGCAGUAACAGACUUCACCUCUGAGGUGACAUAUGACCCAGAGACACGCCCAGGAGUAUCAAAUCUGAUAGCAGUGCACACAGCAGUGACUGGAAAUACCAUCGAGGAGGUUGUGCAACAUAGCAAAGGGUUGGACACUGCACGCUACAAGUACAUGGUUGCUGAGGCAGUCAUCGAGAAAUUUGCACCAAUUAAGAGUGAAAUUGAAAGACUUAGAACAGAGCAAGGUUUCCUGGAACAGGUUUUGCAUCAUGGAGCUGAAAAGGCAAAAGAGCUGGCUCGCCCAUUUUACCGUGAAAUCCAAAAGCUGGUUGGCUUUAGCUAACCAUCUUCUAAUUGUGAACUGCUGUAGCAUUGUGGCAAAUACAAUUUGAACUGAGAGUCUGGUAGAAGAUAUAAUCAGGAUGUACUUGCUGGGUGCUCAGCACUUAUUUAAGGUACAUCAUUCAGACAUUCCAUUUGUUCUCUUCACCCCUCCCUUUUCAACUUUUAAUUUCUAACUUUUACUGGUUCUCACAAGAGGUCAUCAACCUGAAAUUGUGUUUCUCUCUCCACAGGUGCUACCUGAUGACCUGCUGAGAAUUUCCUGCAUUUUCUGUUUUUAUUAUAUCAAUAUUCAGAAUGUGCUCAGAUUACCACUAAAUGACUAUUAAUUUGAUCCUAAACUAUACAUUAAAAAAACCAAACCAAAGAAAAGCUUGUCUUAGUUGAAGGGAAGUGUCAUGUCAAAGUUGACAUAACACUUCAGAAUAAGAUAACAAUUUUUAACAUGUCCUUCAAAGCCAAACUGGAUUCAAAUUAGUUUCCAGAGCAAACAAGAUGUUUGCAACCAAACUGUGUUAUCUAGUAUAUUUUCCAUUGAACAUUCAAUAUUCUAAUAGGCAUUGCCACCUGUUUUCUAAGAGAGAUAAAUAUUUUACCUUGGUUGGAUUUGAUCCUGAGUUAAGAGGAAAAGUUUCAUACCUAGCUCCCUUACUAACAUUCCUGAGCGCUUGUGUUAAUGUAUGGUACCUUAAGUGUUCUCAUAGUUUUGCCCUGACUUUGGGAGAUGGUGUGGAGUGGAACCUAGUGCAGAUGGAAGAAACUUUGAGGGGGCCAUGUGAGAAUCCUGUUUUGCACUUUCCAGCUAACUGAAGACUAACAGAGGCCAAGAAGCAAGUUGCCUGCCCUCAGUUAGAAAAGCAGUUGAACCUAAAAUGUGGGAAGAAAACCAGAUUAAAAUUUGAACCUACUCUGAAGUUGAAUUGUACUGUCAAUUAAAUGGGAAAAUAUUACUGCUGAAUGUGCAUGUGAUUAUUGCAAAAUAGAGUCAAUAUCUGAGGUGAAAAUUAGUGAAAUCAGAAGACUUAAAUGCACAUCAGUAUACCUGUGAUAUAUAUGGAACUGUGUCUUGUAAUUUCAAUACUGGUCUCAUUUCUCUGCUGAUUGAAGUGAAACCACAAGGAGUUCAGCAUUGCUCAUGAUUAUGUUUACAUAAAUGUUGAAAACAGUCUGAUGAAGCAGGAAAAAGUAAAUAGAAGAACUGUGGAUUUGAUGUAAAUCAUUCAUCUAGGUUUAAAAAAAUCAAAUCUGAUGAUGAUUGUAAAAUAUUCUUCACGAUCUCCCCAGCAUACGGCACUGGGUGCUAACUGCCAUACCUUCAAGGUCUCAUGCUUGGUGAAGAAAGCUAAUGAUAUCUUGGCAGUGAAAUCUGCGGUGUGUAGUGGAGGAGCAAUUUAGUCUAAUCUGACACUGCCUCUCCCAAUGUCCACAAUAAUUAACAAUAAAGCUGAAUGAAUCCUAAUCAAUUCCCUCCGCCUCUCUUCCCUUUCACCCUUCUCAUGGUUGAUGACUGUCCCAUGCUUACAACUGAGAUCUGCUCUGUCAGUAAACACUGGGCCUGAUGUUUUUUUAAAAUCCUGGGCACUAUUAUUACUUCUCAGAUAUGUUGAUGCCGGUAUAUCAUUUCUCUUGCAUAACCAAGGCAUUUAAUUAAUCUUUGGGCAAUGAUGCAUCUAAUCUAACAAUUUUGAUACAAACAUCAAUCACUUGUGUUACAAUGUAAAGACUUGCAUAUUAUUGAUGGACAAAUUUCAAAUAAGAAAUGUUAUUAGUGCCUUAAACUUAGGCUAUUUGUAAGUAAUGGUAGUAUAUAAUGUUUGUAUUUGUCCCAGUAUGCUCCCUGAUAUGAACCAAGUCACCCAUGAAGACAAACAGACUUGAUCUGACAUACUUAAGUAAAUGUUGUAUGAUUCCGCAGAAGAGACGUUGAUUACAUUUUCCUAUGUAUUAAGUAAUAUUUCUCUCACUCACUUUCCCCAUUGUUGAUGAGAAAUCUGUACCCACUAGUGAUUUAGUAUGUUCUGUUUUGGAGCAGGGUGGAAUUGUCUAUUUCUGCAAAAUUCUCUGCAUGUUUAGUCAUUUCCUUAGCUUCAACCAAGCUUACUACUGAAUUCAAGUCAAGAAAGCCAACUAGGGACAAAUGGUUAAUUAUGGAACUUAGUUUUUCAACAUCAGCCAAAUUGCAUCUGCAGUACAAGAUCAUUGAUAUGGUAAAUAUAAUUGUGUACUGUAACUUAUUAUAAUUGCACCACAUAACUGCACAGCUCACACAAUAAAC